AUGGCACCAACCCUUGGGCCUGGCUCCUCCCAGGUCGGCAGUCACAUGCUCCGCUGCUCGUUCUACGCGCGCUCUCGCUGCGCAAACUGCUUCUCACCGUCUGCCUCUCGACACAUGUUUCUCAACUCGACGACAAGGUCGCGAUGCCUGCCAAGGCCCUCACUAUCCUCCAUCCGCACCUUUGCCUCCAAUUCGGGCAAGAGACCGAGAUUUUCACAGCGCCUCGGCGAGGCCAUGCGAAACACCAAAAUCCAAUGGUACCGGAUCCCUGUCGGUCUGGGUAUCGGAUUUCUAGGCCUCGUCCAGUUCUAUAAGGUCUCUUCUAGAGAGAAGGAGCGGCGAGAGAUUGAGGAUGGCCAGGAGAGCACCAAAGCCCCCAAGAGGCGGCCUAGAGUGCGUCCUGAUGGUCCUUGGCAAGUCCAGGUCAUGUCGACUCUGCCUCUCAAGGCUAUCUCCAGGCUUUGGGGCAGGUUCAAUGAAUUGACCCUUCCCUAUUAUCUUCGAGUUCCCGGCUUCAAGCUUUAUUCGCUCGUCUUUGGUGUAAACCUCGACGAAGUUGCCGAACCCGACCUUCACGUAUAUCCCAACCUCGCAUCCUUCUUCUACCGUCGUCUCAAGCCCGGUGCUCGUCCUCUCGACCCUAACCCCCACACCCUGCUCUGCCCGUCCGACGGAAAGGUUCUUCAAUUUGGCCAAAUCGAAGGCGGUGACAUUGAGCAGGUCAAGGGUAUGACCUAUAGUAUCGACGCUCUUCUUGGAAAGAACACACCUGCCCCCAGCAUCUCGAGCCUGUCGUCUUCGUCGUCUUCGUCGUCUUCGGACGACGAACGAACACUCACCGAAAUUUCGGACAGCGAAGAACUUGUGAAGCAGGAUGAGGAGUUUGCCCAGGUCAAUGGAAUCGCGUACACACUGCCUGACCUUCUCUCUGGUGCCGGAAAGCAGGGCCCCUCAGACAAGGACCAGGCUAUGCCCGCAUCUCCUGGUGUUGAGUCCGAGGUUCGGGCUGAACUUGCCCUGGGUGAGCGGCCCUGGUACGAUGUCCUCUCCCACGACAAGGCAACUUCUCUCUACUAUGCAGUCAUCUACUUGGCUCCCGGCGACUACCACCGAUUCCACUCUCCCACCAACUGGGUUGUUGACCGACGUCGUCACUUUGCCGGAGAGCUGUACAGUGUGUCCCCUUAUCUUCAGCGAACCCUCCCUGGUCUCUUCACUCUCAACGAACGUGUGGUGCUUCUGGGUCGGUGGCGCUGGGGUUUCUUCAGCUACGUCCCAGUUGGUGCAACCAAUGUGGGUUCCAUUGUCAUCAACUUUGACAAGGAACUUCGGACAAACAGCCUGUUGACGGACACGGCGGCCGACCGGGCAGCUGAGGAGGCGGCCAAGCGUGGUGAACCCUAUCUGGGCUUUGCUGAGGCAACUUACGAGGCAGCCAGUCCCGUUCUCCGAGGCCACGCACUUCGACGUGGUGAGGAGAUGGGUGGUUUCCAAUUAGGAAGCACGAUUGUACUAGUAUUUGAGGCACCAGCAGAAAAGACGGAUGAGCACAAGGAGCGAAGAGGCUGGGCAUGGGCUGUAGAGAAGGGACAGACGGUCAAGAUGGGCCAAGCACUAGGACGAGUGAUUGAGUGA